CACAUCUGGCAGAGAAGUAAAAUGCCCCGUAAUUGUAUUUUAUUUUCCCCCUCUCGCUUUUCACUGAAGAAGCAGCUCAUCAACAAGCAUAGUGACAAGUGGAUGAUAAAAGACUUGGUUAGCGCAAUUCCUUAUCCACCCUUGGUCCGCGUUCCCUUGGCCCUUGUCUCGUCCCAUGUAAAGUGCGUCACUCCAUUAUCCCCGUCACGAACUAAUCUGGCCAUUUUUCCUACCCUGUUCGGGUGUCAACAGGCUGUUUUCUUCUUGAAGUCACUGGCAGUCUGUGUAUGGAGUUGAUCUGGAGUUGGUUUAUCUUGGCCAGGUUAAGGGGCCACGGCCUGGGAAGUCCACAUCGUUCAUUGAUUAUCAAUUUCCCACGAUGAAACCGAGGCCGGCUUUCAGACGAGGCCUUGUUGACAAGCUUGUGUCAGUUUUCACCAAUGAGAAACUUCACUAGCACCCCAGACAGAUCAACUCAGCGCCACGUACUUAGUACAGAGUACAGUAUCUGUGGCUGCUGUCGUAUGUAAGUUGCCCAUCAGGGAGGGCAUGGCUUCUUGGUUUGGAAUUCACCUUGGCAGCAUAGAAAUAUUCAGGACUAUGACCCAGCGAGGUUAUAUGGCUGUGGAGAUAUCAUUCCCUACGAUUCGAAUCUUCAGUUGUUGGCUACUAAGUACCAUUUUACCGGCGAGAGGAGAGAACGGUCAGAGGCUAGAUGAUUCGAAUCCUAUCUGUGACCAUCAAUUUGGUACCACAGCUACCGUAGGAGGUGGCUUUCUUUUGCCUUUGCUCCUGGCAGCUGGAGCUCUUUGGUUGACCAGCCUCAGGGAGGAAAGAAAACUCAAGACCUUGACCCUAAGUGAUAAAAAUACUUAGAUAAAUAUAGCCUAAGCUUAGGGGACUCUUUGCUAAGUUUAUUUUGACACCUU